UAGUACACAAUCUUGAAUCUUGGAUCAUUUCGACUUUUCACAGAAAACCAAAUCACCCCCAAUCUCCUAGUCAAACUCCAACCCCCUUCUUCCCCUUCCCACUUUCCCAAAAUCUCACACCACCACCACCACCACCACCACCACCUAUGGACAGUUCAACCCUAGAAUCCCAAACCCGACCCGACAACUUCGUCACAUACGAAUCCCCCUUCACCCUCUACUCCAUGGCCAUCUCCCCCACCACCACCACCACCCACCGCCGCAUCGCCGUCGGCAGCUUCAUCGAAGAAUACGCCAAUCGAAUCAACAUCUUAACCUUCAACGAAGACACCCUCUCCAUCAAACCAAACCCCAACUUAUCCUUCGACCACCCCUACCCCCCUACCAAACUCAUGUUCCAUCCUAACCCCACCGUCUCCGCCGACAUUCUAGCCUCCUCCGGCGACUUCCUCCGCCUCUACUCCCUCCGUGACACCUCAAUCGAACCCAUUUCCCUCCUCAACAAUAGUAAAAGCAGCGAGUUCUGCGCCCCCUUGACUUCAUUCGACUGGAAUGAGCUCGAGCCAAGGCGAAUUGGAACGUCUUCCAUCGAUACCACUUGCACGAUAUGGGACGUGGAGAAAGGAGUUGUGGAGACUCAGUUAAUCGCCCAUGAUAAGGAGGUUCAUGAUAUUGCUUGGGGGGAGGCUGGUGUGUUUGCUUCGGUAUCCGCAGAUGGGUCGGUUCGGGUCUUUGAUUUACGGGAUAAGGAGCAUUCCACGAUUAUAUACGAAAGUCCUCAGCCGGACACGCCCUUGCUGAGAUUGGCCUGGAAUAAGCAGGAUUUGAGGUAUAUGGCGACGAUUUUGAUGGAUAGUAAUAAGAUUGUGGUUCUUGAUAUUCGGUCGCCUACGCUGCCUGUCGCAGAGUUGGAGAGGCAUAGAGGGAGUGUGAAUGCCAUUGCGUGGGCUCCCGUGAGUUGCCAGCAUAUUUGUUCGGGUGGGGAUGAUUCGCAGGCGCUUAUUUGGGAGGUGCCGAAUGUGGCUGGGCCGAAUGGGAUUGAUCCCGUGUCCAUGUAUAUGGCUGGGGCUGAGAUUAAUCAGGUGCAGUGGUCGGCUGCUAUGCCGGAUUGGAUUGGUAUUGCUUUUGGGAACAAGAUGCAGCUUCUGAAAGUUUGAGGCUUAGCAUCUGUUUUAUACAUAUAGUGUCUGUUUUUAUUCAGUGUGUUAUAUAUACUUAUUUAUCAAACAAUAUAUAUAACUUGUGUUCCUCAAACAAACAUUUUUAAAUAAUCGAUACUAGUUGAUCCCGGGUA